AUGACUUCUUUAGAGGAGGUAAAUGAAAAUCUAAGAUAAUAAAUAAUAUAGUUGACAUUUAACUUAGAAUUAAAAGAUAAAGAAAUAGAAUAACUGAAAUCUCCUUCUAAAUUAUCAAAUCAAUUUGAAACCUAGACAUUAGAAUUAUAAAUAAUAUAAUAUAAGCAUUUGUAAACUAAAUUAGAAAAUGAAAAUGAACAAUUAAGAAUUAAAUUAUCUCAAAUGAUAACUUCUUAAGUAGAAACAUAAAAAACACUUUUAAAAUAAAAAUAGUAGAUACAAAAUGUAAAUAAAAAUUUAUUUUCUCUUUCUUCAUAAAUUAAAGAAGAAGAUAGUCCUUUAAAAUAGGUUAUCAAUAAAUUAAUAGAUAACGAUAAGGAACCUCUAAUUACAUCAAAUCUAGAUAUAGAAACUUAACUAAAAAUGAAUGAAUUAAAGCGUAUUAAUAAUUAACUUACUAAUCGAAUUCAACAAUUAGAAGAAAAGUCAUAAUAUGUGAUAGCUAGAUAAUUUUAAGAUGCUGCAACUAUUUUAAAACUUAAAAAAGAAAAAUAAGGAUUGAUAGAUCAAUUAGAGCAGUAAGGAUAAGAAUUAUAAUAAGAAUUGUAGAAAUCAAAGAUUACAGCUUUUCCUGAUAUUGCUUUAUCUUUCUCAGAGAUAUACUUAGAAAUACCUAAUAUUGAAUAAAUUAAAGAAAAAUUUGAGUAAUUAAUCUAAUAAAUUUUACAAUAACUUUUAUAAUAAAACACAAAUUGUGAGUUUGGUGAAUCACUUGUGAAAACACAUAGAAGUAGUUCUUCUAGAAGAAUAGAUUAAGUUUAAAAUUAGUUUAAUGAAAUAUUAAAAUAUUUAAAUAGAGGUUCAUAAAGAAUUAGAGAAUUUACUUUAGAAAAUUAGAUUUUUGAAUCUUUCAUCUACGAAAAACCUCAAAUGAAUGAUAAAUCAAUUUAAACUGAUAAAAUUGAAAAUGAUGCUAGUGCUGAAAAUUUUUAGAGUGUACUAAUAAGAAAAUUAGAGAAUAAUGUAUAAAGUCCAAGAUUUUAAGAUGAAUACAAAGGAAUUGAUGCUGAAUAAUAAACUGAAGAUAUAGAUUUAAAUUAAUUCCUACUUAAUUCUAUGACUCCUUUAAUGUUCUCAGCUAUUCCUUAACUUCAUACUGAAAGUGAUAUAAUAGAAGAAUAGUAAUAAGUACAAGAUAGAAAUAUCUUAUGUUCUAGAAAUGGUAUUAAAAAUGAUACAGGAUUUGAUGAAGGAUAAUUAAUAGGUAUUGUUGAGCAAUUAACACUGUAAUUAAAAUACACAAAAAAGUAAUGGUAUAAUUCAGUUGAUAAAUGUUUAAGAGCAUAAGAAGAAUUAGAAAGAUUAUCAGAAUUUGAAUCAUAAUACAAUCAUUUAAGUUAAUAAUAUUUAACAUCUAAGAAAGAAUUAGCAAAAUAGAAAAAUAAGUAUCAGUAAUUAUUAGACAGAUAUUUUGAGAUUGAAUUAAAAUGA